AAGGGGUGGUAGAUGCACAUCUGGAAAUGUAAAUCCAUUUAAGCUCCUUAACAUAUUUAACCAAUAUCUCGUCGAUGCUGUCAAAAUUCCUUUGCUUUGCUUGCAAAAGAAACAAUGACAAGUGCCCGGUCACCGACCAGCGCAUCGGUUUUAUUAAUUUAGUGUAGAUUUGUUUGUCAUGAAUCGUAAUUGUUUGUAGCAUUGUGCCCUUUCAAGUAAUAAUUUACAUCGACGUAUGUCACAAGACUCUGUAAAUGAUUCUUGGCGAGAUAUAUGUGGUAGAUAGUUUUUUAGGUCAAGUAGGCCAUAUUAAAACAUGAAGGCACGACCUUGAAAUUAGGUCAUGAUAUGACGCUGCCUAUGGCAAACGUUUCCCGGCCUAAUUUUUUGGGAUACUAAAUCUAGUGGUAUUAGCUACCUGCAAUACAAGAACACAUUUAAAUUGGGGAAAAACACAAAUUAUGUCCAGUCCACAAAAGAGUAGGUUACAUGAUGUGGGAGAUGAAGUUUAUGCAAAAUGGCCAGGCAGUAAUCUUUGGUUUCGAGCCAAGGUUCUGAACAAUAAAGAUGGGCGCUACACUGUAAGAUAUAUGGAAGGAACUGAAGAAACUAUCAGCCAAAAACACAUCAGUGCCAUGUCAAACUUCACCAGAAGUUCUAGGUCACGGUCCAGAUCUAGAAGUCGGGGCAGAUCUCCGGGGCGCAAGUCCAAGGCAAGUCCUUCUCGCAAAGCCAAGCAAAGUCCAUCCCCAGCCAGGAAACCUCGCAGUUCUUCAAAAUCUCGCAGUUCUUCAAAGACCCGUGCUGCAGCCACACCUUCUACUCCUACAAGGCAAUCUGCAAGGCUUGCAGAAAAGCAGACAAACGGACCUGAAGAAGUGGAGAAGAAACCUGAAAUGGAAAGAAAACCCAGCCCCGCCAGACCCGCUGUUGCUACACCAGUUGCCGACAAGCCAGUCGCCGACAAACCUGUUGCGGACUCGGAGUUUGGUGGACCUGUUGGAGCUUUCUUCUGUAUUGUGCUUCUACCGGCAACUGUUUAUGUCAUCAAUAUUAUGUGCACAGAGAAAUCCUGUACAUUGGCAAUACCAUCAAUCCCAAAGAAGUUGAGCAAUUACUUUGACUCUAAAGCAGUUAUGAUUGGACUUGGCUGGUUCGUGUUCCAAGUGGUUCUGGCUGUUCUUCCUGUUGGCAAAGUUGUAUCUGGUCAACCUGUCAAAGGCCUACAGAGGCUUCAGUAUAGAUGCAAUGGUUUCAUAGCGCUGAUGGUCAGUUUGGUUGCCCUGGGAGUUGGUCAGGCUUACUUCAAGGUGGACCUGUCCACUGUCCACACACUGUGGCUUCAGCUUAUCACCACUGCCAUUGUAUUCAGUGUAGUUCUAAGCUUGGUCUUAUACAUCAGGGCUAGGAGUGCCAAACCCAAUGCCCUGGCAUUCGCAGCAAGUGGCAAUGCCAUAUAUGAUUUCUGGAUGGGGCGGGAGUUGAACCCACGCAUAGGGAGCUUUGACUGGAAAUUCUUCUGUGAGUUGCGCCCUGGGCUGAUUGGCUGGGUGGCCAUCAACAUGUGUUUCCUGGCAGAAGCUUAUGGUAGUAAAUCUGGAUGGCCAAACUACCCACUUAUCAUGGUGUGUGGCUUUCAGCUUCUGUAUGUUGCUGAUGCACUCUGGAGUGAGGAAGCCAUUCUCACCACCAUGGACAUUAUCCAUGAAGGCUUUGGGUUCAUGCUUUGCUUUGGUGACUUGGCAUGGGUGCCCUUCCUGUACAGUCUUCAGCCACGCUUCCUACUGGAGCACCCACAGUCGCUGCCAUGGUGGGCUCUGUCUGCUGUAGCACUACUCAACAUGAUUGGUUUCUUAAUCUUCCGUGGAUCCAACUCUCAAAAGAACAUGUUCAGGAAAAAUCCUUAUGAUCCUGCAUUAGCUCAUCUGGAGAGUAUGCCGACCAAUGUGCCAGGCAAGAGACUGUUGGUGUCAGGAUGGUGGGGGCUGUGUCGACAUCCUAACUACCUUGGGGACCUGAUUAUAGGGCUGGCCUGGUCUCUGCCUUGUGGAUUUUCCUCUCUGUUACCAUACUUCUAUCCCAUUUAUUUCUUCAUCUUGCUGGUGCACAGAGCGAUGCGUGAUGAUGCCAUGUGCAGGAAAAAAUAUGGCGCUCACUGGGACCAUUACUGUGAACGCGUCAAAUAUGUUAUCAUACCAUAUGUUUACUAAAACAAAAAUUUGGAUCUGAAUAUGCUGUAAAAAGGAAGCGACAGUGGAGCAUAAUCCUACAGAGAUAAAUUUUAAGUUUCAGAAAUGAUAAUAAUAUAUAUUAAGUGAGACAUCAUUUUAAUUCUUUUAAUUUGAAUUAAUUAUUAUUAUUUUUCCUCAAUGUAAGGUGGACAUAAAGAAAUAAGCUGUGUACAUCCCAUUAGUAUUUGAAUUUAAAAUGCGAUGCCCGUACAGUGCAUGUAUACUGCCCAUAAUACCCUUUUCGUAUGGCGUCUGAGCAGGGGUAGACGGUGGCCGUGUGAAAUCGCACAAAAUCGUACGGAUUUCAGGCCAUGUAAUGUAGACGUACUGGGCGGUGCCCAUGUAAAUGUAAUCUAGGCUUUAAAGAGACACUUCAUAAGAUUUUAGACCAAAAUCACUUAGACAAUUUUCAGUGUUUCCACAUUUUUGCAGUAGUUACCAACUAUCGUUAGCAUCAAAUUUUUAAAAUCAUAACAUAGGAACAUAGUAUUCCACACCUUGUCCUUGAACAGUAGAUGUAUGUCUGUUGUUUUUUUUAAAGUUGUUGUAUUUGUUAUUUGUCUUGAUAACUAAUAUACUUACAGAAUGAAGACAGUGAUAUUCAAACAGCAUUAGGAAAAUAACAUGGAGAGUGACCUCCAAGUUACUUAAAGAUUACAAGCAUGUAGCCACCAAUUUCAAACAGGGGUUCUUUUUCUCAAAAAAAAAAAAGCAAAAAGUGAACAUUUUUACCCUCCCCCCUCCCCCGUUGACUCAACUUCAGUAAAAAAAAACACUGCCUACAGUCUUCAGUAACAUUCUUCAAAGUUGUUCAUAAGUCUAAUCAUUCAAAACUCGAACACAAGUACAGUAUAAGUGUAUGUAUGUGACUACAGAUCAUCAAAGUUUCAACAUGAAAUAUAUUGCUGAAAUGCAGUCAACAAUUUCUGUAUUCCACACACAAAAAAGUUAAUAUAUUUGAAAGUUAGUAACUGAAAUGUUAGGAACAUGGGGACACUCUGUAUAGUAUAUUUUUCACUUUAUGAGAAAUAAGUCGUUUUUGUGUAGACUAUUUAUAUUUCAUAAGUUUGAUUACUCUUCAAGAAUUGUAUACCAAUUUUAUUGUACAUUUUGUGUACCAUUAAAACUUUGCUUUGUAAAUAUGUGCUAUAUCAUUUUUUUAAACUUCCAAUUAACAGUUUAAGUGAAGUAACUAGUAACUUUUUUGAAAAGCAUACUGUUACCAAUCGUCUAAAAGGUUGAUGUGGUUGCAAACCAUUUUCAAAAAUCCUAUGUUUUGUAAAUUGAUCCAUAAUGAAUUUGUUUCUUGUUCAGCCAUGUAUCAUGGAUGUCAUUUUCGAAUAAAAGCCUUUCUUAAA